AGAAAGCAUUGCAACAACGGGCGGCGCUACAGAGUGACUUCAUGCAAGCAGCUGACUGACUGUAGCUCUAACUUUAAUCAUUUCAUUUUUGCCGAGGCUAGCAAAUGAACAACAAUCAAGGUGGUAGUUUUAGUAUUCUUUAAAUAUCUCUAUAAUUAUAAUCGCCACGGCGCGCCAAGAUAAGUAACUUAUUGUUGGUUAGUUCUUUAAAGUUUUUAAAGGGGCUUAGCUUAUAUUAGCAUAGCAUCAGCUAACAGCUGCGCGGAUGUGUGCGCAGUUAACGUUAGCCUGUAGCCGAACUACCUGGUCAAGAAUCAUCCCUCACUUCAACUGACUGUCCGAUCCCGGUCCGAUCCGAUUCGUUACUUUCGUGGGAAGAGUGGACAAGCUGUCUCCUAAGUCAAAUGUUGAGGUUUUACUGAACAGCGGACAAUGGAUCAGGACAACAAUUCAGAGGAUGACUCAGUUGGCCAAGCAGAAGAUGACGCACAACCUCCAUUUCCUCUAGGACUCUCGGACUCUGAGGCAGUGGAAGUUUUGUGGCAAGUGCGUACCCAGCGCCGACAGACGGAGCCAGAUCUGCCGGACACCGUGACGCGUCUCACCACACCUGAGGGCAGCAUUGUGUACCUGGUUGGCACUGCCCACUUCAGCGACAGCAGCAAGAAGGAUGUUGCCACUACGAUCCGAGCAGUUCAGCCAGAUGUGGUGGUGGUGGAGCUAUGCCAGUAUAGAGUAUCCAUGCUUAAGAUGGAUGAGAAAACGCUGCUAAAAGAGGCUAAAGACAUUAACUUGGAGAAGGUCCAGCAGGCCAUUAAACAGAAUGGAGUGAUGUCUGGCCUCAUGCAGAUAUUGCUGCUCAAAGUCUCGGCUCACAUUACAGAACAGCUGGGCAUGGCCCCCGGAGGAGAGUUUAGAGAAGCCUUUAAGGAGGCAGGAAAAGUGCCCUUCUGUAAAUUUCAUCUUGGGGAUCGGCCCAUUCCAGUAACCUUUAAGCGUGCAAUAGCUGCUCUCAGCCUGUGGCAGAAGGCUCGUCUGGCCUGGGGCCUGUGCUUCCUCUCUGACCCCAUCAGCAAGGAGGAUGUAGAGAAGUGUAAACAAAAGGAUCUUCUGGAGCAGACCAUGUCGGAAAUGAUUGGCGAGUUUCCAGCCCUCCACCGCACUAUUGUUGCAGAACGAGACAUCUACCUCACACACACACUUAGACAAGCAGCGCGCUGUGUGGAGGCGCCUCCUAAUGCUGAGAAAGUGCCUGCUGUGGUGGUUGGAGUGGUCGGGAUGGGUCAUGUUCCUGGUAUUGAGAGGAACUGGGAUGAAGAGCUCAAUAUUCAUGAGAUCAUGAGCGUGGCUCCACCGUCUCGCUUUGGCUGGGUAGUACGCAACGUGUUGAAAGGAGCCAUGUGGGGGCUUCUGGGUUAUGCCUGCUUCCGUGCCAGCAAGGGUGUGGGGAGGGCGUUACUCUCCUUACCGACAGUCCAAUCGUUGCUUGAAAAUAUACGAACACCUUCCGUUUGACCCUUCUUUUAUCGGCACAGACUUUUCAGCAGUGAGAUCAGGAUGUCACACUGAACACCAAUAGCCUUAACUACAGGAUGGUGGUUGGGUGAAGGGGAAAAUUAGAGGCAAACAUCGUCUCCAUCCCAUAUGAAAUAAAGAAUAUGGGUGGAAGCUUUUGACUAGCUCUCUACCUCCUCAACCCUCUGUCCAUCUGCUCUGUGGACGCAGAGCUGUACUGCCAAAGAAAUCGGACCGUGCUUUCUUUCCCCUUUUCCUCAUUCUUAAAGUAUGACCUACUAGGAAAUUAGCUGCAGCGGGAUUUCCCACCUAAUCGUUCAACUUGAACUGAAGUUUUAUUUUGCUGUGAUUAUACUCUUGGUUGGCUCCUGCAAAUGGUUGAUGCAUUUUGUUUCCCAGCAGGUGUUGUUCAGCAGUCCAGUAUUGUUAUUCCCUGAGAGUCAACAUUUUAAUCUGCGACCUAAUCUGUAGUUCAUUAAGACUGAAUGAUAAAGCCACCUUUUUUUAUUAAUGGAACCGUAUCCCAGAAUUAAUUUUUAAAACCUGAAUUGCGCAAUAGGACCAUUUGUGAAGAAAAGCAUUACUCCGAUUUGAUUGAAAGUAUAAUUUGAUGUACAUCGGGAAAAUGAUUACGACCAAAGUAUUUUUGGUUUCACUGAUUGAAUUUGUAUGUUUCUGACAAAAAGACUUGAAAUGAGUGGAACUGAAACAACCACACACAGUGUUUAAGAGCUUCAAGUCACAUCCAGUAAUGGGAGGGAAGCAUGGUUGCUUGGUUUUUCUAGUUACCUGAUAAGCCCAACAUUAACUUUGCCCAUGCUAGCUAUCAAGUGCCUCCUACCACGUAACCUGGAAAGGGCUAAAAGGAACAGAGACUGGUCAGGGAGUUUUGCUCUCGCUCCAUAUGGUCAUAAUAAAUGGGUACUAUUAAAUCUGGAGUCCCCCGUUUCUCUCACACGGUUUCAUAACUGGUUCAUGCUAAUGGGAAGUUUCUAGAAAUUAGUGAAUUAUGCAAUUAAGUAGACAAGCUGCAUUGUGUUUAUGCAAUAUUUCGUUUUGUAAGAUGAGAGAUCAAAUAAAUUUAAGAAAUUAACAGCUUUUCUCCUGAAAUCAAGUAUUUUCAUUACUGUCUUUUGCUACUGUUUAUAGAAGCUGAGUUGCCUAAAGGUUAAUUUCACUAAACUGGAAACAAACUUGAUGUUAAUGCUUCUAGUAUGGUUAUACUCUAACAUGAUAUGUGAUCUUUUUCCGUUUAAUCAUUCUUAAUCGUAAUUCACCACUAACUCAAAUCAUGAAUCACAUGAGACCAUCAAAAUGACUUGAAACUGUAAGUGUAGAGAACCAUUAAAGAAGGUAAAGUUGACAAGAAAAUACUUCAUAACAGAAAAGCCAUCAAUAGCAUGGGCCAUCAGGGCACAAUUUGGGAAUCAUGUUUUAUAUGGCUGGAUGGAAAGGUGGGAGUGUUUCUGCUCUCUGUGCUUAAAGCCUUAUACUACUGGAAUUGCUGCUUCACAUCUUGACUUUGUUUUUCCAUGUAGCUUUUUACAACUGUGUCUUAUAGGGUGACUGAAAUCAAUUUUAAAUGUGGCAUCUAGGCACAUCUGAAGCACAUAACACUUGAGUGUUGCGGGGAAUGCUAAUGCCUUCUGUUGUUCUUUUAAAUGUUUAGAUGCUGAAUGGAAAAUGCUCUGGUUUGAACUAUUGUGGGGCUCAAAUUUAGCUUUGCAUGCAUGCCUUGUGCAUUUACAGGUAUGCUGGAGAAGGAAAUGAUUAUAUGGAUGUAUCUGCAUGAUGUGUAGAUGGCUUGUUGGAAUUAUUUAAUUGGAAUUUUUACAACAUAUUGUAAUGGUUUUAAAUAUAUAUUAGCAUUCCGAGAUAUUUGUCAGUGCCCUGGUGCUCAAUGAGUAUUUCUAUUUGUAUAACAGUCCUUGCAUUUAAAUUUGAUCGUUUUGGAUCAAGGUGGUUGCAAACUAAUUAAACAGGUUGACUAACUGAUUUGUUUAAUACAAUGUACUUUAAAAAAAAUACUGAUCCAAUGACCCAGUGGUCUAGUUCUCCUGUCGCUGUCUUCCUGAAAACUAAAACUCUGUCUUCCUGUUAACUUCAUGCAGUUUUACUUCUUGAUCAUCUAAAUCUGCUGCACUUGUUGGGUGAGAAAUUAUAUGGUCAAAGGUAUUUGAGGCAUCUCUUUGUGCAUCCUUCUGCUUUACUGCUCCAAUGUCAUUUUUUUUUUCCAACCAUUGUUAACUGUGGAAAAGGGGAAUAAAUGGUCCCACUUC